AUGACAGGACGCAGGACCAAGAAGAACAAGAUGCCAUCACAACGCCGCCGUCUCCUCUCUCCAACAAUACUAGCGCUCGCCACCGCCGCCUGUCUCCUCGCCACAACCACCUCGACCGUCUCUGCGUUCGGAAACAACAACCACAAGAAGGUUCUUCUCAAGGAUGUGCAGACAUUGACCCUGCACCAGGGUCGUAUGACCACCGGCCGGAGGACCAGUCCCGUCCCCCAGAUCAAGUGUGUCGGCGGCAACGCCUGUGGCGACUUUGAGCCUGAGGUGGUGCAAUGCACGAAUGCAGGAUUCGAUGGGAGCGACGUGCAAUGGAAAUGCCAGGCUGAUCUACCAGACAACCUGCGGUUCGGACAGCUGGAUGUCUUUUGUGAGGGCUACACCCACCCGGAUGAUCCUUAUGUCCUCAAGGGCAGUUGCGGACUCGAGUAUAAACUGCAGUAUACCAAUGUCCGGUAUAAUACAAAUAACAAUCACGGGGGGAAUACGUGGAAGAAUCCUGCCUUUAACGAGUGGACCCGUCGAGCAAAGAGACAGUCAUUGGUGGAGCUGCUAUACCUCGGGACAUGGAUCGGUGUCGUCUGUUUAAUCUUGUACUCGUUCUUGAAGAACUGUUUCCAGCAUUAUCGGGAAGAUGCCAGGAACGAUGACCCGCCACCACCUUACAGAUCGUCUGGCGGACAUGGCGGCGGUGGCGGUGGAUUUGGUGGCGGCGGCGGCGGCGGCGGUGGAUGGAACCCGAGCAACCAGUACAAACCUUCAGCAUCGUCAACGGCAGAAACAGGAGGAUUCAGACCAGGGUUCUGGUCCGGCGUGGGUUUAGGAGGUCUGGGAGCGUAUAUGGCCACACAGAACCGGAACCGUCAACAGGCACAGGCAAACGCCUACGCCGACCCUUCCUCUGCUUACGCAGGUGCGAAUGCCUCACCGUCCUCAUCAUCAUGGGGUUCGUCGUCGUAUGGGUCUUACUCCGGAGGAAGUGGGAUGGGAGGUGGUUCGUCGUCGUCGGGGUCGAGCUCAAGACCUACACGGACCGCCACUGGUUUUGGAGGCACUCGACGACGAUAG